GAUGAUAAAAUCCAUCCAUAUUUUAUAUCUGUUACCUCUAGUCGUGCCAUCCUACCCAUCCCUUACAUCCUUGGGAUGUCAAUAAUGUUUGUGAUAGCUGCCGUUGCUAGGCGCCCGGCUAUCCUUCAGAUAGUUCGUCUUGGCGGGAUGGCG